AUGAGAUACGUUAGUCAGAAAGAUGGGCAUUAUGUUGCUUGUAUUAUAUCAAGAAGUGGAAAGAAUGAAAUCCGCUUUUAUGAAUUAAAGGAGGUAAAUGAAGAAGUAAACUCAACCAUUAAGGGCUCUGUAUUUGUUGAGGACGAGAUCGUAGAUGCUGUCUGGACAUCGACUGAUUUACAAGUAAGCAAGAAAAAGAGAAGCUUGAAUGGAAGUCAAAAGGAAACAAGUAAUUACGAUGUCUUGGUAGUUGUCCUUGGAAAUGGAGAAUUAUUACUGCUUUCCCCUUCCCUGAGUACCGUGAUUUCUAAGGUUUCACUCGAUGAUAAAAUUAACAAAUUGAUAAAAGCACAUCAGGACUCCAUAUGGGCCCUUACUGCAGAUGGUAAGCAUGUUAUAAAAUAUUCAAUGAGAGACCAAUCUGUUGUGAAGAAGUAUCAAUUACCAGCCUCAGUUAAUACAGUUGAAAUUUUGACUGGAACCAAACUUCGUGGAAAAUCACAAUAUUUAGCAUUAGCAGCUUCAAAUAUCUUGAUUGGAAAACUUAGCAAGAACAAGUUUGUUAAGGACAAUGAAUUUAAAUUAGAAUCAAGCGGGAAAAUAUCUAGCAUAAUCCAAUUGGAACAGUCAUCCGAUUUAAUUGCAUUCGUUUCAAAUUCGAAAGAAUUAUACGUGGUUGAUGUUAGUAAGGGAAAUAAAGCUCGAAAAGUUCCAUGCGAUCAUCCAAUAGACAAUAUAUCCACCUUGACCUUCGAAAACAAAGAAUAUAUUGUGAUUAAAACCAAUGAAUGCAUACAGUUGAUAGAUGUUGAAGAAGAAGAAGAAGAAGUUGUCAAAUCCAUUACAGCAAAUGAUACCAUUUCCGGAGUAAUUUCAGUUGAUGGUUUAAGAUUAGUUGGUAUCUUUAAAAGGGGCAAUGACCUCGCCGCAGUUGGAAUUGACUGGGAAUCUUCGGAUAAGUCAAUUGUCCUUAAUAUUGAAGGUACAUCUUCCAAUCAAAAUGAGAGCUUAUCGAAAACAAAGAUCUUUGUACCAGAAGCUGAAGAAACUCGUGAUAUAGAAGCUGACGAAGCUUUAGAGAAGCUCCUUUCUAUUUUAGGAGAAAAAGAAAUAAAUAAACAAGCUGUUGCUAACGUAUGUGCCACUACCAAAAAUGCCGAUACAAUCAAAGAAGUGGUCAAAAAUUUAGCAACUGGAGAAAAUAAAGUAAGUGGAUGCAUAGAAAAAUUGUACGCUGUUGCAAAUGAAGAAGUUGCAAAAGACGCUUCAUCAAGUGAAUCUUUUGGUAUUUGGUUAAAAUGGAUUCUUCUUACAUAUGGAGGUGCCAUUGCCAAGCAAUCUAACGAAUUAGACAAUUUGAGGAAUUUACAAAAUCAAUUAAGCCAAGGGCUUAAGAUUUUACCUAAUUUAAUAGCCAUACAAGGUAGAUUACAACUUUUAAAAUUGCAAGCUGAAGUAAGAGAGAAUCAAAUUAGCAACCAAGAUGGAGAAUCUAAUGAAAACAAAGAUCAAGAAGAGGACAUAAUCUACGCAAAUGGGGAAGGAGACGAUAUCAUAUUUACUGAACCUACAGAAGAAGUUAUACAAGACAUAGAAGAUAUAUAG